AUGGCACCGAAUUCGCUCCGUGAUCCGGCUCUCUCUUUCUCCCUUUCGUCCGUCUUCGCCUUCAUGCAAGACCCACAAGACGUGGAUGCCUCUGGUAUAUUCGACGACGAUGGUGGAAAGGACCCAGGCAAGGCUCUCAGAAUGCGAAUCGUCGCCAUGGCCAUCAUCUUCGUCGUCUCCCUCUUUGCGUCCUCGUUUCCUGCACUGUCUAAGCGCAUAAGAGCAGUGCGGAUACCGCGAAUAGUGUUCUUCAUCGGAAAGCAUUUUGGUACAGGCGUCAUAUUGUCGACGGCGUUUGUGCACCUGCUUCAAGACGCUUUUGAGUCACUCACAGAUCCAGAGGUGAAGGCGAAGUGGAAGAUAGGCGAGUAUGGAGGGUUGAUCGUCCUAUGCUCCCUUCUGGCCAUAUUCUUGGUCGAGUACAUCUCCACGUCCUUCGUGGACCAGCUCCAAGCAGCCAGCACACCCUCCUCCACGCCCAAUGACACCAGCCCCGAACGCACGCCCAACGGCACCGACCACACCACCCGCUGCCCCUCGCCAAAACCACUUGACUCCCACCCACCAGACUCCGAGCACACCCCCCUCAUCUCCAACGGCUCCUCGAACCCAGCCCAGCGCUCGCAGACCUUCCACUACGGCACCGCCCACCACCACCACGCCCACGCCCGCCUUCACGCCCACGGGCACGCGAGGGAGAGUUCGCCGUCGCAGGAUAUAUUCGAGGGGCAUCAUCGGCACGAGAGGCGGAGCGCGCACGAGUCGCACCAUGAUCGCGGGCCGCGGUUGCCGUCGAUGUAUGGGCCUGAAGAGUUUGGGCAGGGGCAGGUCGCGGGCGUGGGGCAUGUGCAAGAGCAUAGCGGGCAUGCGGGACAUGGGCAUGAUGGUGAUGAGGAGCUGGGAGGGGCUGGGGCUGGGGAGAAUGAAUGCGAUCGUGGUCACGAACACGACGACGAGCACGGGCGCGCGCAUGAUGGUGGUGGAUACCAUCGUCAUCAUCAUCAUUACCAUGGGCAUCAUGGACACCACCACGGGCAUGCUCACGGACAUGAGCACGGGAAUGUCAAGGUCGGGGAGAAGAGGCAGAUCGUCGGGAUUCUCGUCUUGCAACUCGGCAUCAUGCUGCACUCCAUCGUCGUCGGCCUCACCCUCGCCAUCACUACCGGCCCCGAGUUCGCAUCCCUCCUCAUCGCUCUCAUAUUCCACCAACUCUUCGAAGGGCUCUCACUCGGCAUCCGCAUCGCCUCGCUCCCCUCAUCGCGCUCCAGCAUCUCGGCCGCGCCGGAAAGCGGCAUUAAUAGCAAUAGCAUUAACGACAACAGCAACAGCAGCUUCGGCGCGCGCCACCUCUCCGCGCUCAAGCCCGUGCUCGCGGGCUUGUUCGCAGUAACGACGCCGCUGGGCAUCGUCGUCGGCAUCCUCGUGUUCUCCGGCGGGUCGAGUACAGGCGGCAGUGUCGAGGACGAGCUGCACAUGCGCCUCACGCAGGGCGUCAUGUCCGCGAUAUCGGCGGGGAUGCUCAUCUACGCCGCGUGCGUCGAGAUGCUCGCGGGCGACUUUGUGAUGGACCCGAUUCUGUGGCGCAGCGGUGUCGGGCGGCAGGCGCUCGCGCUGCUCAGUCUCGCGGCGGGGGUGGUGUGUAUGGCGCUCGUCGGGGCGUAG